AUGCGUCGUUCAACAAUUGAUUCAUUAGUACAAGAAAAUCCAACUAAUUAUACAUAUUCAAAUUCUCAAAUACAAACAAAUGUUUUAAGAUGUGCACAUUGUUUUGCACCUAAAUCAAAUGAUUUAUAUACACGAUUUUGUACGGAAUGUGGUCUAUCUUGGCAAAAACUAACUCAUAAUCCACCGGAUAAUUAUUUAACUAAUAUAUGUACAAAUUGUAAAUCUACUAUUCCAUUUAAUUCUAACACAUGUGUUGUAUGUGAAACACCAGUAUCCAAAGAAACACAACAGCGACCAACUUCUCAAAAUCAGGUUUCACAAAAAUUAAUCAAACUUUAA